UUCCCACUCCUUCUCUCUCUUCUCUCUAGGAUUGCUUUCUCAACAUUCUGAUCCAGCUCAUAACUGAACAUAAUCACAUUUGCUUUUAUGCUUCAACUCCUCUACAUUUCAUAGCAUUCCUUUGUCCAUUUGCUCCGAUUGAUGCCUUUCGAUAUGUUCAUUGGAUCGGAAACUAAGGUUUGGAAAAUGUAGGAACCGAGAGCGAGCGAAUGAGUAGGGCGGAGUUUACGAGGAUGAAGCAAAAGGUAGCUCCAGUACCGCUAGGGACUCUUAUCAGUCGUGAACUGCGGACUGACAGUGUGGAGAAGCCUACGGUGAAGUACGGGCAGGCUGGUUUGGCCAAGAAAGGGGAAGAUUAUUUCUUGGUCAAGCCUGAUUGCCAGAGGAUUCCGGGGAAUACAUCCACAUCCUUUUCUGUUUUUGCGAUCCUUGAUGGGCAUAAUGGUAUAUCAGCUGCAAUAUUUACGAAAGAGAAUUUACUUAACAAUGUAUUGAGUGCUAUUCCUCAAGGACUUGAUAGAGAAGAGUGGCUCCAAGCCCUUCCUCGCGCACUAGUUGCUGGUUUUGUGAAAACUGACAUAGAGUUUCAGCAAAAAGGUGAGACAUCUGGAACUACUGUUACCUUUGUUGUGAUCGAUGACUGGACGAUUACUGUCGCAUCUGUUGGAGAUUCUCGGUGCAUAUUAGACACCCAAGAAGGUGUGGUCUCUUUGUUGACUGUUGACCAUCGAUUGGAAGAAAACGAAGAGGAACGCCAGCGUGUAACCGCAAGUGGUGGUGAAGUAGGAAGGCUCAAUAUUUUUGGCGGUAAUGAGGUUGGGCCUCUGCGUUGCUGGCCUGGUGGAUUGUGCCUAUCAAGGUCAAUUGGUGAUACAGAUGUUGGGGAGUUUAUUGUUCCAAUACCUCAUGUUAAGCAAGUGAAGCUUUCAAAUGCUGGGGGAAGGCUUAUUAUUGCCUCUGAUGGUAUAUGGGAUGCUUUAUCAUCUGAUUUGGCAGCACAAUCUUGCAGAGGUUUGCCAGCAGAUCUCGCUGCGAAGAUGGUUGUGAAGGAGGCUCUAAGGUCACGAGGUCUGAAAGAUGAUACAACCUGUUUGGUUGUUGAUAUUAUUCCUUAUGAUCAUCCUGUCUUGCCUCCAACACCUAGGAAAAAGCAAAAUUUGUUCAGUUCAUUUAUCUAUGGGAGGAGAUCACAAAAUUCAAGAUCGAAAAAGCUUUCUACUGUCGGUAUUGUGGAGGAAUUGUUUGAAGAGGGCUCUGCAAUGCUUGCUGAGAGGCUUGGUAAAGAUUUUCCUUUGAACUCUAGCUCUGGGCUCUUCAGAUGUGCUAUUUGUCAAGUUGAUCAGCCAGCAAGUGACGGUUUAUCUGUUAACUCCGGCCCUUUCUUCUCACCUGCGUCAAAGCCAUGGGAAGGUCCAUUCCUGUGUGCAAAUUGCCGUAGGAAGAAAGAUGCAAUGGAAGGCAAAAGGCCUAGUAGAGCUGCACUAACUGCUUGACCUCGUAAAUUAGUAUAUUCUCAUAUUUUUUGCCUGGCGGGUGAAAAUGCUUGGUUCUCAAUCUGCAGAUGUUGUUGCUGUAGAUGCAUGUGUGAAAUCUAGUGAUAAAAGGUGUAGAUGUUUGGAUUGAUUCUCCUUUUUUACUCGGUAAUUAGUAUUACUAACCAAGAAUGGACAGGCUGAAGUAAUUGUUUGAUUACAAACAGCGUGACUUGAAUGUGUCAGUAAAGAAUGAUAUAUAAUUGUCAAAAUAUUGUUUACUAAUGUAUCUCAUAUUGUGGUUGAUCAGUUUCCGAAUAUCCAGUGUAAAGGUCGAUUUGUUCUGUACAUUGUCAAAUUGAUUAUCUUGGCGCUUUGAUGUUUUGUUUUAUGAGA